GCAUAACGUACGCAUCUCCCGAAAAGGCGGUGCACUUAUAAAGCGCUUGAGAAAAAUGCAAAAUAUGGCGAUAUAUUAGUCCGCCACGUAUAUCUUUACUGCGUAAAGUGUUUAAAUGGUGUGUGGUAGCUCAAUGCCUCUGCGCUACAGGGCAGAUGUGGGCCGUACGUGCAGAUAGCACCGAACGCGCGAGCACGAAGUAAAGUUUGGCUUAUCUCGCUCCCUAUUGGUCGGAAUCCGCCACUGCUGCUGCCUGUUGGCGCGGGAGUUUAACGUCGCCACAAGUCACAUUCCGAAGAAUAUCAGAAUAUAUAUAAUAUUGAUUCCAGCCAAUUGGGGGGGGGGUUGAUUAUAAGUUAGCUAGUCGUGAAUUUCCAUUUCCCUACCAGCCCUACGACAUCCAGGAGCAGUUCAUGCAGGCUCUGUACGGUGUGCUUCAACAGGGCAAAGUGGGAAUCUUUGAAAGCCCAACUGGAACGGGCAAGUAUCUGAGUCUGAUCUGUGGCGCGCUGAGCUGGCUCACAGACCACGAGCAGAGCCGACAGAAGGCAGCCGCCCUGCUGCACGAAGGACAAUUGGUCCUUUCCACUUCUACCGCCGCGUCCUCCGCCGCCAGCGGCUCGGCGGAGCCCGACUGGAUCACGGAGUUCGUUCAAAAAAAGGCAGAACGAGACUUCGUGUCAAAGUUGAAGGAAGACGAAUUGAAAAGAAAGAAGAGGGAGGAACGCUUGGAAAUCCGAAACAACGUUCAACUCAAGUAUAUGCAAAGUUCUGAUGAUGAAGAGGCAUUCAAAUUGCCUAAGCUCAGUAAGGAGGAAGACACCGAGACACAAGGCGAUCAAGAGGACGAGGAGCUUGUCGUUGCAGAAUAUGAGAGUGAUGACGAGUCAAAGACCAGGACCAGAUUCUGCGGCGCUGACGAGGACACGGACGACGAGCUGGUUGAAGAACACGUUAAUAAGGUGUCUUCAGCACUGCAGCACAUGAGGGACAACGUCCUGGAGACAGUCCACGAUAUCGAGCAGAUGCUGAAGCUGGGCAGAGAGACACGUUCGUGUCCCUACUAUGCCGCACGCCUGGCCGUUCCCCCUGCACAGUUGGGGGUCUUGCCCUAUCUGAUGUUGCUUCACGAAGCCACAAGGAGGGCAGCGGGGAUCAAGCUGAAGGGACAGGUGGUGAUCAUAGAUAAAGCUCACAAUCUUAGUGACACACUGUCCUGUAUACACAGCGCAGAGCUAACUGGAGCGCAGCUUUGCCGCACCUACUCGCAGCUCGCCCAGUACGACGAUCGCUACAAGAGCAGACUGAAGGCCAAGAACGUGAUGUACAUCAAACAGAUUCUGUUUGCGAUCGAGGGGCUUGUCCGGGCGCUGGGAGGUAAAGUGGGGCAAAAUCCACAGAGCCAGACUACACUAACAGGAACUGAACUGCACACCAUCAACAACUUCCUAUUCAAGGCUCAGAUUGACAAUAUAAACUUGUUUAAGUUACAGAGAUACUUUGAGAAGAGCACGAUAAGCAGAAAAGAUCAAACAAAUCCCACAAGAGUCUUCUGUGGGCUAGGAGGCUUCGUGGAGAAGUACGCAGGAUCGGGCGUGAGUGUGCACACGCAGAGCCGCACCAACAAGGAGAACCGCUGCACAGAGAGACUGAACCGCUACCUUCAAACACUGCAGAGCACCCAAAUCAACGAGCCAGUUUCUUCAGCGGACCAGCAGGGGUCAGAGACGGAGAAAGCACUGGCCACGUCUCCCAUGAUGCAGGUGGAGGGUUUCUUCAUGGCUCUCACCAACAGCAACGCCGAUGGCAGUGUGUUGGUGCACAAGCAAGGUACUUUAUCAGAGAGCAGCAUCAAGUUCCUGCUGUUGAACCCAGCGGUCCACUUUGCCCAGGUGCUGAAACAGUGCAGAGCCGUCGUCAUCGCGGGAGGAACCAUGCAGCCUGUUUCAGACUUCAAACAAGAGUUACUGCUUUCUGCUGGAGUGGAGGAAGAGCGCAUCACAGAGUUUUCCUGUGGUCACGUCAUUCCUCCCGAGAACAUUCUUCCUCUCGUCUUGUGCAGCGGCCCUUCUGGUCAGGAGCUGGACUUUACUUUCCAAAAUAGAGACUCCCCACGCAUGAUGGACGAAACGGGGCGCAUCCUCUUCGACAUCUGUAACGUGGUGCCGGGCGGAGUCGUGUGCUUCUUCCCUUCCUACGAGUACUCGAGGCGCAUCGUUUCUCACUGGGAGGCCAGCAGUGCUCUGACUCGUUUGGCCAAAAAAGAAGGUACUUCCAUCUUCCAGGAGCCCAAGAAAUCAAACCAGGUGGAGCAGCUGCUGAACGAGUUCUCCCGCUGUAUCCAGCGGUGCGCUGUGGAUGCCGGAGGGUUCACGGGAGCUUUGCUGUUCUCUGUUGUCGGAGGAAAGAUGAGCGAGGGCAUCAAUUUCUCAGACGACCUGGGCAGGUGUGUGGUGAUGGUGGGAAUGCCGUAUCCCAACAUCAAAUCUCCAGAGUUGCAGGAAAAGAUGUCCUAACUGGACAAACACCUGCCUCACAGUGGAGGGAGAAGGCCUGGACAAGCACUCAUAGAGAACCUCUGCAUGAAGGCCAUCAAUCAAUCCAUAGGACGAGCUAUUCGUCACCUUGGAGACUAUUCCUGCAUCGUGAUGUGUGACCGACGCUACGCUGGACCCGCUACGCUGGCUAAACUCCCAACGUGGAUCAAAAAUCGCACGAGCACGCAUACCACCUUUGGCCCUGCUUUUGCUGCUCUGCGGAAGUUCUUCCUGGAGAAGAAGCACAAGCAAGUGUAGCGUCACUUACACAGUACUCCACCAACAUUUCCAAAGACCGAGGUUCUGGAGAACUUUGAGGAAAGGCGAGUGGCACUGUGGUUAUGUGCAAAUGUAGUCUGCUUCAGCCCCUUUCAUUCGUCGUUCAGCCCCUUUUCAUUCGUCUUCACGUUCAUUCGUCUUCACGUUCUUUAACAUUUUGAAGCUGUUGGACCUCUUAGUGCUCCUGGCUGUAGUUUGCAUAUGUUUUCUACUUUGUACGUUCUACCUUGACUUGUUGAUAGAAAUGAGACACAUAAAGUCCCACUGAUGUCAAAAGGUUUUUUAUCAGAUUGAAACAAUACAUCAGUCCUGCAAUGUCUUAGAAUUUAGUCUGGAACAGAUAUUUUUAAAUGAAUAACUGAAGCAGCUUCUCCAAAGACAUCAGACACAGCGAUGACAUCCUUGUAACUAAUUUAGCCUUGAAGAAUAUGUUAAAUAUUUAAUGCAUUUUAUUCUGUUAUGUAAUGCAAAAAAAGGACUAUGCAAGAUGUUAGUAAAAUGGUUUCAGUGCAUUCAGUCUUAACACUUGUAUAAUUUAAUAUUGUACAAUACAUCAUUAUCAAUAAAAAUGUUGAUUAUUGGA